GCUCGAAAGUCGAACCUUCGAACAGCUCGUCGGCGUCGGAGGGCCCGGGGCCCCGGCGGACGGCGACCGGCACCCUGCGCCGAGGGAGGAACCCGAGGGCAUCCGAGCCGCCGGCUGUCCAGACUCAGGGAAGAGACCGAGAGAGAGGCGCUGGCAGUUGAAGAAACAGGUUUAGAAAAAGACUUCACAAGCUGGAUGUGGUGGCUCACACCUUUAAUCCCAGCACUCGGGAGGCAGAGGUAGGAGGAUUGCUGAGAGUUCGAGGCCACCCUGAGACUCCAUAGUGAAUUCCAGGUCAGCCUGGGCUAAAGACCCUACCUUGAAAAACCAAAAUAAAAGAAGACUUCACAAAAGAUCACAUAGCCACAAAAUGAACAGUGACCACUGAGAGAGUCUUGAAGGAAGUCUGAAGUGAGGGGCUACAUCCAUGUCCUGUUAUCUUGGCCAGCGAGGAGGAGUCGAUGGGAUGUUUGAGAGGAGAGCUGUAUAAAGAGAAGAGUGCUGCAAAUGGCUUCAGAACUCGUGGGUGGGAAACAAGCCAGGAACCAUGUCUCAAAGGGGAAGCGGCAACACCAGCCACUGAAGAGCAGAGCUUCCGUUAGCGACUGUGAUGGGGACGACUCCUUCAUCUUUGAAGCAAAUGAAGCUUGGAGAGAUUUUCAUAGUUCUCUUCUUCGAUUUUAUGAAAAUGGAGAACUCUGUGACGUCACUCUAAAGGUUGGCUCAAAACUAAUCUCUUGUCACAAAUUGGUAUUGGCGUGUGUGAUUCCCUACUUCAGAGCCAUGUUUCUUUCUGAAAUGGCUGAAGCCAAGCAAACGCUGAUUGAGAUUAGAGAUUUUGAUGGUGAUGCAAUUGAAGACUUGGUGAAGUUUGUCUAUUCUUCACGACUCACUUUGACGGUUGACAACGUCCAGCCUCUCUUAUAUGCAGCCUGUAUUCUUCAGGUUGAACUGGUGGCCAGAGCUUGUUGUGAAUACAUGAAGUUACAUUUUCAUCCUUCCAAUUGCCUGGCAGUCAGAGCCUUUGCCGAGAGCCACAAUCGAAUAGACCUGAUGGACAUGGCCGAUCAGUAUGCCUGUGAACACUUUACUGAAGUAGUGGAGUGUGAAGACUUUGUAAGUGUGUCACCUCAGCACCUUCAUAAGCUUUUGUCCUCCAGUGAUCUAAAUAUUGAAAGCGAAAAGCAGGUCUAUAGCGCUGCCAUCAAAUGGCUUCUUGCCAAUCCUCAGCAUCAUUCCAAAUGGCUGGAUGAAACACUUGCGCAGGUUCGUCUGCCACUAUUGCCAGUUGAUUUUCUUAUGGGUGUUGUGGCAAAAGAACAGAUUGUCAAGCAAAAUCUAAAAUGUAGAGACUUACUGGAUGAAGCAAGAAAUUACCACCUUCAUUUGAGUAGCAAAGCAGUACCUGACUUUGAAUACUCUGUUCGGACUACGCCAAGGAAGCAGACUGCUGGUGUGCUGUUCUGUGUAGGAGGCCGGGGUGGAUCUGGUGACCCCUUUCGUAGUAUUGAAUGCUAUUCUAUCAACAAAAACAGUUGGUUCUUUGGACCAGAAAUGAAUAGCCGAAGGCGACAUGUGGGUGUAAUCUCUGUGGAAGGUAAAGUGUAUGCAGUAGGUGGACAUGAUGGAAACGAACAUCUGGGAAGCAUGGAGAUGUUUGAUCCUCUCACUAAUAAGUGGAUGAUGAAGGCAUCCAUGAAUACUAAGAGGCGAGGAAUUGCCUUGGCCUCCUUAGGAGGCCCAAUUUAUGCAAUUGGAGGGUUAGAUGACAAUACCUGCUUCAGUGAUGUGGAGAGAUAUGACAUAGAAUCUGACCAGUGGAGUGUAGUAGCACCGAUGAAUACCCCCCGUGGAGGAGUUGGCUCUGUGGCUUUAGUAAACCAUGUUUAUGCAGUGGGGGGCAAUGACGGAGUUGCUUCUUUAUCCAGCGUGGAGAGGUAUGACCCACAUCUGGAUAAGUGGAUAGAAGUUAAAGAAAUGGGUCAGCGAAGAGCAGGCAAUGGAGUUAGUGAGCUUCAUGGUUGUUUAUAUGUUGUUGGUGGUUUUGAUGAUAAUUCUCCUCUGAGUUCAGUUGAACGGUAUGACCCCCGAAACAACAAGUGGGAUUAUGUGGCGUCACUUACCACUCCCAGGGGCGGAGUGGGGAUUGCAACGGUGAUGGGCAAAAUCUUUGCAGUUGGUGGUCAUAAUGGCAAUGCUUACUUAAAUACAGUAGAAGCAUUUGACCCCGUUCUCAAUAAAUGGGAGCUUGUUGGAUCCGUGUCUCACUGCAGAGCUGGAGCAGGUGUGGCGGUGUGUGCCUGCUUAACCAGCCAAAUUCGAGACGUAGGUCAUGGAUCCAGUAACGUGGUUGACUGUAUGUGACUUGAGUUCCAGCCACCCUCAGUCACGUCUGAUAGAAAAGACAAGACAUUUUGAGAUGACCCCAUUGGACUGUAACUACAGCUGCUGGCCUACUGAAAUGUUAAUUGCUGUAUUGUGACUAAGUACAACUUUUGGCAUGAUAGCUAAAAAAUUAUUAGUCAUAAAGUUGAAUUUGAUAUUUGCUGUUUUAGCAAAUAAUGGAGUAGGGAAGGAUGGCAAUCUAAAUUGAAAUCAUAUCUACUCUAAAAAAUGUUAAAAUUGUGCCCAAAACCUUGAAAUGUUUGUUUAUAUUGAUGAAUUAAAAAUGUAAUCUGUCAAGUUUUACUUUUUCUUUUGCUUAAAGAUAGUAACAAGGCAGUAGAUUUUUCCUGGAGAGGAGGCUAGAGCCUGUUCAGUAACAAGAGGACACAUUUUCAGGAGCAUUUCUUCUUGGUGCCGAUGAAUUAUAUCUUGCUUUUUUCUCUGGGUGUUACAUUUUUCAAUUUCAUGGAUACUAGCAGAAGUAGGAAGGAUGUUUUUGUCUUUGUUGAACAUAUUUCUUAGGGGAGUGCUCCAGGAAAGCUUUCUGUCUCCCUUAUAAUUGCUAGGACAGUAAGACUGACUCAGUGGUACUCAUUCCAUCGGAACCAAGUACUGCUUGGUGGUGUUUUUCCAUCUCAUUUAGAUUUCAUAUUAUUACUCCAGUAUCUAGUUGAGAGACUUUGAGAAGGACUGGUAUGGGAAGUCUGAAAACACUUUUUGUUCUUUGACUUAAUCGCUUCAUUUUGAACCCAGGAUCUGUUUGCAUCCUAUUUGGUAUUCAUCACCAUCCUGGUUUUUCCAAUUGCACAGAUCUAGAUUUAUUUAUUAUCAGGAAUUGAAAGCAUUUUUUCCAAAAGCCCUUAGUAGUAGACUAAUUUGAUGAUUAGUCCAAGUUUAUUAGUAACCAGUAAAACAUGCUGUUGCUAAAAAUAGAUAAAGUUUGGAACUACUAGUUUUUGCAUUGUUUGAUAUUCUAUAGUGUGUUUAUUGAAAUACAACUGAAUAUGGCUACAGAUCAUUUUGUAGCCCAGGAUAUUGAUAAACCUAAUGGUACCAUAGCUCUUCAUUAUUUUAACUAAUAUAUAAAACACCCGAUUCAAUAUAUAUGAUGAAUAUUUAUUAAGAACAUUAAAACAUUCUAUUUUAUAUUUGCAGAAGUGUUUGCCACCUCUCUUCCAGGCCUUCCUAAACUCCUUUAGUCAUGCUUUUGAAUUUAUUUUUAUUUCCUAUUGGUCAGUUGUCUGAUUCACAGUGAAGAUGGGACAAUGAAACCCCAUCCAAUCACUUCUGAAUUUCAUUAAUUCAACAAAUAGUAUGCUGGAUUUGUUGGUAACACAGGCUGCAAUACCACAUCCUAAAAGUCAGUGUCAGCUGGGCGCGGUGGCACAUGCCUUAAAUCUCAGCACUUGGGAGACAAAGGUAAAAGGCUCACCAUGAAUUGGAGGCCACCUUGCAACUACAUAGUGAAUUCCACCCUACUUCAAAAAACAAAACAAAAAAGUGUCUACUGGACAUGUCAAUAAAUAAAUAAAAAGAUUUAAAAUAAUUGAAAGCUCAAAUUGGCAGAUGAAUAUCUUUCAUGAAGUAAAUUUAAAAGUUCCCAGAAGAGCCGGGCAUGGUGGCACACGUCUUUAGUCCCAGCCCUCGGGAGGCAGAGGUAGGUGGAUCGUCGUGAGUUCGAGGCCAUCCUGAGACUGCAUAGUGAAUUCCAGGUCAGCCUGGGCUAGAGUGAGACCGUACCUUGAAAAACCAACCAAACAAACAAACAGUUCUUACUUGAGGUUUUUCCUGUUGUCAAGCCUUUGCAUGUGUUCCUAAGUCAUUGAGGAUCCAGUGCUCUCUAGCGCUACUGUAACUCACUAUGUCACAACCGGCCCGCAGAGCAGCUCCACCUGGCUGAAUGUAAUGGCUCCAGACCUGGCUUCAGCUGUGUAUUUCUUGUGUCUGCUUGAGUUCUUGUAUUAUAAUGUUUGUCUGGCUAUGUUCGCUGGGAGGCAUGUUGUAUUUUAUUUUCAAUGCUAAUGAUCUUAUUUAAUUCUUAAAAUAUUUUUCUUUAAUAUAUUUCUGCCUCUGUUGUAUAUAGCGUUUGGGUGUAUUUCACUUCUGAUUUUACUGUGUAGUGGUCAUCUAAUAUCCUAAGUUGUACCUAUGCUACCUAUAAAAUGUAAAAUACUCACAAAAGAAGUAGCAUGAAAUGAAGGGAACACAUGUCUGUGACAUUCUACAUGGGCAGUCAGAGGCAAAACCUUAAAGGUCUUGACACAGGAGAAAUGAAGAGCAGAGUCAAUAGGUAGUCUCUACUGGACGAAACUGAGAAUCAGGUUGAAGGCUGGAAGCCGGUGAAAGAUCAGUAUAUUCAUAGGAGUACAGGGACGACAUGCUCAGAGAUGACUGCUUUAUUGUGAGGCCUGUCGCUCUGACCUCAGAUGCUCACCUACCAAAAGUGAUAUAAAAUAGAGCUAAUACUAAAAUUAUAAAUAGAAAAAAAGUGAAAACCUUUUUUUUCUUUUUGUUGUUUUUUGAGAUGGAGUCUUCCUAUGUUGCCUAGGCUGACCUCAUGGGCUUAAGGUAAUCCUUCUGCCUCAACCUUUCACAAAGCUGGAACUAGAGAUCCAUGCAGCUGACCCCAACCAUGUGUGUUAGAUCUUCAAGAAGCAGUUGUAGGGCCGCGAUGUGACCUGGUUGGUGGAGUGCUUACCUAGUACACACAAGGCCCUGGGUUCCAUCCGGGGUACCACGGAAGCCAGCUCAGAGGAAGUGAAGGAGGAGCAGGAGGUGAAGACCAUAUUUGGCAACACAGUGAGUUUGAGGCUAGCCUGGGAGUCUCAGCAAAAACAAGAAAGUUGUUUCUGGAGUCUGUGUGUGAUUCUCCCACUUAGUUGGUAAAGCACCACUUUCCUGUACCAGCCCAAAACAUUCAACUUGACUCUCACUGUGUUCAUAUGCAACUAGUGCAUUAUUGUUUAAGUGUUUGAAUAAACUGUGUACUCCCUCUAAGGGUUAUUAUUCAUUUCCCUAAUUCUCAAGUGAACCUUGAACUCAAAUGCAGUUAAAUGCCUAGAUAAAAGAUUGUUGAAAUUGCAUAGAAUUACAAAAACCUUUAUAAAUGAUAAAAUUGA